AAAUGUCUCAACUAAAUCGGCCAAUCGUCGUAAAGUGAUAGAAUAAAGAGAGACGAAUCUCUCAUCGUGGAAGAAGCGUAACAUUGAUUUCCAGCAAAUUCCGCGAACAUAGCCCCCUACUACCCGUACCACUGGCAGUGGGGAUGACGACAGGCAGAAGGGAGCGUGGUACACCUUACCAGUAAGGUAGGCGGAGCCUUUGACCGAAGAGUUAAUAGAGAUACAAUCGAGAGUGUCUAGUGCACUGCACUCGGGACUGCGGCGUAGGAGGAGUGAAGGGGACAGGGGCGAGGAGGGACAGGCGGUAAGUAGGGACCGCUGGUCCCCUAGUUUAGACAUCACUGAGCGACGGAUGGACAGCCAGUCAGACCCGUCACAGCACUCGCCAGAGUACUCGGAAACCCUCGGGAAAAGCCGAUAGCAGGAGUCUCCGGACCGGCUCCGAAGACGAGCCGAUAAUUAACACGCCACUACCAUACCGGAUGCAUGAAUACUUCUAGAGUAUUUCAUGCGAUGCCUUUAUCGUGCGAUACAUUCAGAUACGAGACGAUUAUAAUAAAUUCAAAGUUUCCAAGAAAAUUAAUUGAUCAGUGAAUAACAAGAUCGUGCAAUCACGAAAUAAGUGAUUCGUGAUGAAUAUAGCGACACGUGAACGAUGACAUUGGUGAAUGGUGUGUAACGACUAAACUUUUAAGAUCACAAACGAUUCAGAAAUUCGCGUUCAUUUAUAUCGUGGCUUCGAUAGCAAUUUAAUUUAAGCGAGAGCACAGUGGACAGUGAAACCAUGUGUUCUCUUCUCGAUAAAGCGACUAGAGACUAGUGUCGCUAUCAAUCUCCCGUCUCAUUUUAUCGAGCAAAGACUCUGUAAAAAAUGGCUCUUGUAGCCAUGGAAAGCGCGUAUAGAUUGCGAUUGGGGAUUGCAACUCAUCACCAUCACAUGCUGUCAUCGGAGAGCCACGUAGUGCCGCGUCAAGAUCGUCAGCCGGAUCAUCAGCAAGAUACCGAGAGAUCGUUGCGCUUCAGCGUCGUCAACAUCCUCAAACCGGAUUUUGGUCGCGAGGCCAUUCUCAACACGAAGGUAUCGAGCGAAUCUGCGAUAUCCGCCGCUAUUCCCGCGCAGCAUCUGCAACACAGUCCACUUCCGCUCCCGCGCGAUCUCAGCCUGUCGUCCACGCGACUCUCAUCCCCGCAGUCGCCCCAGUUGACGAAUUAUUCGGUCCACCGGGAGAAGGACGCCUUCUCGUCCCUUUGCGGGAUCACGUCACCUCUGAGGCAUGGCAAUGGGCUCAGUAGGAGCGGCAGUCUCGAGAGUCUGGCCUCCAGCAGAAGCUCGGUCACCAGCAGCUCGGUCACUGGCCCGCCGUCCUUGUGUUCCACAUCGUCCACGAUCAGCGGCGAGUCUUUGAACGGCGAGAACACCGGCGGUAACACGUCGGCGAGUCAGCAAAACGUUUCCAACAGCCAGAGUUUAUGGCCGGCAUGGGUAUAUUGCACCAGAUACUCGGACAGACCGUCCUCUGGACCGCGCACAAGACGAGUGAAACGUUCGCAGAACAGUAAGAACAGUUUGCCGGAAGAGAAGAGACCCAGAACGGCCUUCAGCGCCGAACAACUGUCCAGGUUGAAAAGAGAAUUCAAUGAGAAUCGAUAUCUGACGGAAAAGAGGAGGCAGGAGCUCUCGCGGGAGCUGAACCUCAAUGAAGCCCAGAUCAAAAUCUGGUUCCAGAACAAACGGGCGAAGCUGAAGAAGGCGAGCGGACAGAAAAAUCCGUUGGCUCUUCAGCUAAUGGCGCAAGGUCUUUACAAUCAUUCCACCGUGCCGGUGGAUGAGGACGACGAAGAGAUGGUAACCGAAAGAAAUCAUUGAGACUCGCGUAAGUUCGAAAGGAAACGAUGAAACGUGAAAUUAAAGAUUGAAAUUAUUAUAGUCAUAUCUUGAAAAUCAUUAACGUUAAACAUUGACAAAGAAAGUCAUUAAAAUAUCUAUAAAAAGAUUACGAGUAAUAAUUAUUGGUGAUUUAAUGAAGACUGAACAUGAAGCAACAAUGAAAUUGUUAUGAAAUGUGCAAUCGAAGAAAUAACGUAAAAAAUAAAUCAAUAAUUCAAUAAAUAAGGUAACAUUAGCAAUUGUUUCAAAAACGUAUCUUGUUAUCUUAUUUAUUGAAUUAUCCUCAAAUAUAUCUAUAUAUACUUGACGAAUACCAAUAA